GGCUGAUCUGUACGACUGUUUAUCUAGAAGAAAAACAAAUCAGGACCCAUUGCUUGAGGAAAACCAUGUGAAGAUAUGUGUGGAAGAAUGUGAUGUCCAGCUUGGUGGCACUUCUGCCCCAAUCCAGCAAAUGGCUCAAUUAUCAACUGAGACAGCGUGUGCUCCAGAUGUCAUAAUCGAAGAAAUAAUUGACGAUGAUCCAGAAAAAUAUCCUGAGGAUACACGUCAGAGGAAACUUUUCCAAAAACGGGUAAUGCCAUUUGGAGUGAAAGCAGGCUCUCCAGAAUUAGUUCUUGUCAGUCAUGUAAUGAAUCCUUGCCACUUCUACGUUCGGAGGCUUUCACAAAAGAGAUUGAUUGUUCAUUUGGAAAAAAUAUUAAAGCAGUACUGCAAUAGUAAGAAUACAUCCCCUACAGACAUCUUGGCACUGGGUGCAGGAGUCUUUGUUAAAAGUAAAGUGUGUGGAACGUGGUGCCGUGCUACAAUUGUUGAACUAAUUCCAAAGCACGAUAGAAACAAGGGGAUGCCAUGUGGUCCAACCAAAUACAAAAUUUAUGAUGUUGCAAUGAUGCAGCUAUUCUUUAUAGACUUUGGACAUUCCGAAGCACUAGCUGUUUCAGGGUAUGAAUUGAUUGCUAUUCCAAUCAUUCCAGAGCAUGCCACUUUAGAAUAUGUAUUCACGGAAGACUUGUGCUCAUCUAUAAGGUUGCCUGAUUUUCUUAUAGAGGCGCAACUUAGAGGUAUAAAUAAGUUAUCCCUGAAGUGUUCCUUGAAGGACAUUGUUCCCAAGUGUUCAAAUGAAGGUUGGAGUAAAGUGGCAAGAACACAGUUUCUGAAAAUGGUAAACAACAAAGCUGUUCAGAUGAAAGUGUUCAGGGAAGAGAAUGGUGUUCUUAUUGUCGAUCUGAUGAAACCUCCAGCGAACAAAAUUAGCAGCGACAUGCCCAUAUCCCUCAGGGAUGCAUUAGUUUUUUUGGAUUUAGCAAGCUUCCGUACGGAACACGCUGAUCAGUCUGAACAUUCCGUGCCGCUGCAGUACUGCCCGCCUGCGAUGCCCCAAGAAAAGACAGAAGCGGCUGCUGUUGUUACUUACAUCAACAAUCCUGGCGACUUCUACAUUCAGAUAGUAAGUGUUCGUCCAGAAUGUGCAUUUUUUCUGAAAAAGAUUGAUGAAGUUUAUAAAACUGAAAGUGGAGACAACUUGGAAAUUCUCUGUCCAAUCAAAGGUCAAUCCUGCAUUGCCAAAUUUGAAGAUGGGAUUUGGUACAGAGCGCAAGUAAUAGGACUUCCUGGCCAUCAGCAGGCUGAGGUUAAAUAUGUAGAUUAUGGCAAUACUGCUAAAAUAAGCGUGCAAGACAUGCGCAAGAUAAAAGAUGAAUUCUUAGCUGCUCCAGCAAAGGCUAUCCGAUGUAAGCUGGCCCAUAUAGAACCAUGUAAAGGAACAAAUGAGUGGAGCAGUGAGUCAAAGGACAGAUUUGAAGAAUUGGUACAGGAAAAAAUUAUGCUGUCCUUUUUUAUUGAAAAUUCGCCAGACAACGUUGUAGCCGUUGAGCUCUAUCAAAGUGUAACAGAAUUACCAAGUUUAUCUUGUAGCAUUACUGCCAUCCUGGUUAACGAAGGCUUAGCAUCAUAUGUAACAAGGAAUACCCAAACUACUGCUGUUGCUUGCAGUGAAGUGUGGGAUUCUCCUCCUGAAGAAACCUUUGCCACUGAGAUGGAUGUCUUAAAUCCUGGAAGCGGAGAUCUGUCACAAACUGAAGAUUUUGAAUUGGAGUGUAACAAAGAGCUGCAAGCGAGAAUCAGUCACGUUGUGUCUCCAAACAAGAUCUUUGUGCAUUUUCAGUCAGCAGAAAAACGGCUGAACAUGUUGCAGGAAAGGUUGUCUGCCGCUUACAGCAUGUCUGAGAAGGAAGAAACAAUUCAAUGGGAAAAAGAUGAAAAUUGUGUUGCAGAUAUACAUGGUUUAAAUCAGUGGCAGAGGGGCCACAUCUGCAAGAUUGUUUCUCAAAAAGUUGUGGAGGUCUUCUUCUUUGAUUUUGGCGUAACCAAAACGGUGAAUACCACCUGUCUAAGAAAAUUAGAUGAGAAUCUGGUGUCAUUUGGGCCUCUAGCAGUGAUAUGCUCCCUAGCAGAUAUAAGACCAGCUGGUGGGAGUGACCAUUGGACAGCGACUGCAUGUGAUACACUGACGCAAUAUUUAAGUGGAGCUACAGUAAAAAUAAUCAUACAGGAGAAAGAAGUUUCACCAUUUCCUGUGAAAAUGUUUCUCAGAGAUAAUGGAUUGUACACUGAUGUUUCAGAAUACAUCAUUAAAGAAGGGUUGGCAUUUAGGAAAAGACGAACGGACUUGAUUAAAACAAUACCGCAGAAAUCAUGGGAAAUUCAUGUAAAGCGAGAGAGCACCAACAUACGUGAUCCUUCUCCAAAAGCAGAAUACGCACCAAGCUGUUCCGCACCAGAAGCUAAACUUCCUGUUACAGAUCAUGAAGAUAAAGAAUCAGAAAGAUCUGUGGCUCCUUGUAAAAUCAUUUCAACAUAUAAACCACCAGCUAUUCCCAGCAUGAAACAGUUCAUUGCUGUAGUCAGCUCUGUGGCAGACAACGGAACUAUUUAUGUUGUACCAAAGUCACAAGAACAACGGUUAUCCAAGAUGAUGGGUGACAUACAGAACCAUGUCAAAUCUCUGGGUCUUCUGGAGCCCUACAGUUGGAAACAGGGAGAAGCUUGUGUUGUAAGAGGUGCAGAUACUCUGUGGUAUCGAGGUAAAGUUACAGAAGUUGGAAGUGGCACCGUCAUGGUACAGUACUUAGACUUCGGCUACAUUGAGAAGAUUCCUCAGUGUCAUCUCUACCCAGCUGUCUUGUAUCCUGACAUGCCUGCUUUUUCUAUACCCUGUCAGCUCUAUAGAGCUAAACCAGUUGGGAAUAUUUGGCAGCCGGAUGCAGUUGAGCUCCUCCAAGAACUACUCACAAAGAGAUCUGUGGAAAUAUGUGUUGAGGAACAAGCAGAUGAGCCGUGGGGAAAUGUAUCUGUUAAGCUGUUCUUUAGUGGGAUGUCACUUUCUUCUUUUAUGGCAUACCACAAGCAUUGCAUCAAUGAAGAGGAGGAUGGGGAUAUACCCAAACUGAAUGCAGCAGUAUAUACUGAGGAGCCUUUGGAAGAAAAUUGUGAAAUUAGUUAUGAGGAAUUGGCGUGGUCUGAAGUAAACACUCCUCUUCUUCCACCAUAUGCUUUGCCCUCUCUUCCUGUUUGUGGAGCACAGUUUCCAGUGAAAGUUACACACAUUGUGUCACCGAAUGAGGUAUACAUUUCUCUUCAUCAACCAAAGAAUUCCAUCCAGCUUAGUGACACAGAAGAGAGUGGAAUCAGCUUGGAUUCAAACUGCAAAACUCUUACGGAAGCUUUGACUUGGUGCAAUCAGAAUAUUGACUCCUGUCCCUGUCUGACUGACUUCCGAAAUGAAAUGCCUUGCCUUGCGCAGUAUAAUGAUCAAAAGUGGUACAGAGCAAAACUCCUUUCUGUUAUGGAAUUAAAUCCGCUCGGGAUUUUGGUUCAUUUCGUUGACUAUGGAGCAACAGAAAAGCUGCCCACAAGCAGGUUACGUCAGAUUCCUCCUAGUCUUAUGCUGUAUCCUACUGAAGCAUUCAGAGUUUUGCUGGCUGGAUUUAAACCAUCCAUAAGUAAUUCAGAAACUGAAAGAAUUCCUUAUAGGCCUGAAUGGAGGUUAGACGCAUUGUGGACCAUGAUAGAUUGUGUUCAAGGGAAAAAUCUCCAGGCUUGUUCAUUGAUUCACUCACCAGAUCAUAUUGUGUUUUUGUAUGAAGAUGGACACCUGGUCCACAUGAAGCUGGUAGAAAUGGGAUUGGCUGUGAUAAAUCAGUGACACAAGUUAACAAUCCCUUUGACUAAACCAAGAAUCUUGCGUCGAAAGACUGUUCUGUUGGUUUUCCCCACCCCUAUUUCUGUAGCACGAGAGUGCUUGAAUGUUCUUUUUUGUGUAUAAACACUGAAGGAAGUUUAAUAAUUUAAAAAAAUUGUUUUUGCAUUGGAAGUUCAAUAAUAAAAAAGUUG